AUGUCGGUCCAUAUACCCAACCACCAGGAGACGGCCCCCUCGUCGAGGGCCGACUCUGAGACUUUUCGUGCUUCAUCUGAUGUUUCUUCCCUUCGUCAAUCGUUUCCUGCCUACCCAGACUAUACCCAUCCCCUGGACGACGAGGACGACGUCGACCAAGUGCCUGCUCUGCCUAUUUCGAGUACGAGAAACACCAGGAAGCUUGUCAUCGACAGCUCCGUAGCCCUGCCGCCGGCCCACCCCAUUCGACGCAAGCCGCUGUCGUCAACCGCCUCACCCAUCGCCACUCGCUACUCGUCCGGCGAGUAUCUGGCCAUCGUGAAUCUACCCAGGCCGGACCACAGAUACGACCGCUCCUUCUCGGUCGAUAGCCCUACCGUCUACCAUUUUCCUCAGCCGCCCGCCUCGCCCAUGCCUCGGCUCAGUUGGGAGUCGCAAACAAAGCCACCGCCUGCUAACGAGAACGCCAACCAAGACAACAAAGAGGAAUCUCCCGUUCCUCGACAUUCGCUUGAUUCUGCAGCCUCCGAUCCGGCUGUCACAGCGGGUGAAGUCAAACACCCAAGCUUACGGGAUAGCAACCCUGCAGCUCUUCAAACAUCUGCGACUGCUGACCUGUCGCAAGACGACGGACAGACCCCAUAUGACGACCUGCUGUCCGACCAAGACGAGGAUCCACUGAGUGACCACAUUUUCGACGGGUACAACUCAGACUCGUCCGAUAAUUCUAAUCAUAAUAGUCCUAAUACUAUGUCGUUGCAUGUCACCCGCAAGGCCACACCACCACACUUGACCCUUAUACCGGACGACACUGUCCCAACUCCAACACACAGAAAUACCAUCAACACACCCGUCAAUACUGACAAGCCUCUGCCCAAAUCACCAACUUCGUCCCGCCUCGGCACCUUCUUCGGCUGGACAUCGUCGCCGUCCAACACCGAGACUUCAGACAAAGGCUAUUCGCCACUCCCGUCACCCUUCAACUUCUCCAAGUCCACCAGCGUUGCCGAUGCAUCCCCCGUUACUACAAUCGGACCACAUUCACUACUCGAGGCCCCCAAGGCGCAAUACGGCUCUCCAAACUCCAGGGACUACUGCGAAUCAUAUCUUGCUACGCCGCCAGCUACCGCGGCAGACACUGGUGACAUCGAAGAGAUGGAAGAUGAGCUGAAGGCCAUCUCGGCCGAAUUGGCAGCGUCCAUUCGGCGCGAGAUGGACCUAGAAGAUUUAGUCGACAGACUACAAACCGAGAGGGAUAAUCCUACCACCACUAUAAAUAAGAGGACAAGCGACUACUUCUCUGAUUCGGGAUAUAGCUCAGCCAAGUUCAGUGAAUACGAUCAGUCUAGAGAAGAGGUUGAAAAGAUACAGAGGAGAUCGGAGCAAGAGAAGGCGCAACUCAGGCUUGAGUUGACCGAUAAGCUCCAGGAUGAACGGUCCAAGAGACAAGAGAUGAGCGAGCAGAUUAAGGAGUUAUCCACGAAGGCCUCCCAAAUUGACCUCAGCCAGACGUCGAACGCUGAUGCCAGCGGCCGUGUGAAGGAGCUCGAGAUCACCUGCGAGACACUGCGACGGAAGCUCUCUGAAGAACGUCAAGUCAAGGAUAACUUCGAAGACUUGCUUUCGGCACUCAAGGGAGAGCUCCAAAAUGCUUCCAAUGAGCGCGACAACCUGCGCGACGAGAUCGUUCCUCAACUGCGCGCCCGCGUGGAAGGCCUCGAGGGCCAGGCUUCGGAAUUGGAGCAGAUGGCCUACGAGUCGACCAAGAUGCAGCAGGAAAUGCACAAUCUCAAAAGCGAGAACUCUGACUUGAAGCAGGCGCAGACGGCCUCGAUGGACAGCAUAUCGGAAGAAGCCGGACUCUCUGGAUCUCGGUUGUCGCGAUCCAACUCUCUCACAGGCCCACCUUCAUCCUUCAGGCUUCAACGGGCACCAACGUCAGGACUUACCAGAUCCAAGUCGGUCAAGACAACCGAGUCCAGGGACCAACUGUCCGAGCGGCUCAAGGAUGUCGAGGAGCAACGAAAUGCCUUGCACCGUGCUCUCAAGAACCUGCUCGAGAGACAAGAGCACCAGAACCGCGAGAAUGAUAAGAAGAUUCGAGUUCUCGAAAUGGAGCGUGACCGACUAAUGACCUCAUCACCCAAUAAGGCCGGUUUUCAACGGGAGGUCACCAACUUGCGAGCUGAGAUCACCACAUUGCGCCGACGAGCCGAAGAAGCCCUCGAACAGAAGUGGCAGGUAGAGAAGGGACUCGGUGGUCUUAAGAUGGAUCUCGACCGGUCAGAGCAGGAGAUCGCAUCCCUCCGAAGCCUGCUUGGCGAAAAGGACAUUCUCAUUCCGCCUGCGCUCGCACGCUCGAGCAGUGGAAGCGAUACCAAUGCCGCCCCUGUCACGUCGGACUCGUUGGCGGCUGCGUACCAGGAUCUUCAGGAAGCGUAUACAGAUUCCCUUGAGCGCAUCAAGAGGUUGGAAGCCGGUUCACAGGAUGAGUCAACCCAGCUCGCUAUGCAGAGGUUGGAAGACGCACUGUCCUGUGCCCUAUCGGAACGCGACUACGCUCGUGAUGAGGUCACGUCCUACAAAGAGCAACUGGACAUUCUCAAGGCUGGCGAGCAAGCCUACCUGGAAUCUGAAAGGGCAUUGGCGGACGAGCUGCGCGAAUCGGCUCGCCGUGUCGAAGAACUAGCCGUCCAGGUUCGCCAGCAGUUGGCCGCCAACCAGAACCUCCGCCAACGAAUUGCGGAUACGGUAGCUCGCGGCGAGGCCAACCAGAAGGCCAAUUCGGAGCAGAUCACCACAAUGCAGUCACGACUGCGGAUCCUGGAGGAGAAGCUGGAGGCAGCGCAAGCGGCAUCCGAGGACAGAGUCACUCGUCACGAGGAGGAGAUGUCGACGCUCAAGGAGAGCCACAACGCCCAGCUCACACGAAUGCGCGAAGGCCUGCGCUCGCCCCGGACAUUCCCACCAAAGUCGCCAUUGUCUCCUCUGUUCACCCAGGGUGGGCGCUCUCCACGCCUGAGUGCGACACGUUCCGGCCCUGCCAUGAACGUUUCAGAGGAAGCUCAAGUCGACAAUCUCAAAGCUCGCGUGGCGGAGCUCGAGAACGCGUUGACGGAUGCCGACUCAGAGAUGCAGCAGGUGGUUGGGCGCAUGAACACGGCGCAGAUCGAGGUCCUGGAGCUACAAGAAGAGCGUGAAGCAGCCGUUCGCCAGACCCGGAGACUGGAGAAGGAGCUUCAAGCCGAGAAGCUCCAAGCCUUUGAGGGUCGAUUCAAGUCUCUUCUGGCAUGA